UACUCCAGAGUCUGAAGAGACUUUCAUAAAACCACGGCACGAGAAAAUUUUCGUAAUGGCAAAUGUAUGGAGCCACGCAAGAUAAGCCUGCUCCAGAGCCGGACCUGUGGGUGAGUAACUCGCGUUGAGGCACGGACUGGGAGGCACGAUGACCGUACUUAAGUAUUCUUCGAGCGCCAUCGCUCUUUGACAAGCCGGGCAUGCUCAACGUACAAUCCGUGAAUAGUAUCGUGGCUAUUGGGCCCAUAUAACAGCUAGUGGACAGGACAAUACCAAAACUGACCCACGAAACAACAUUUUAACAACAACAUGAUGGAAAACACGAUGGAGAAGACCACGAGUCUUGUGGUCAAGCCUGCCAACGAGAAAUCGGAUUCCUCGUCCAAUGGCUCAAAGCACGAUAUCGAGGCUGCCGACACGCAGCAGCUCCAGCGUGGCCUCAAAGCUCAUCACCUUCAGUUCCUUGCGAUCGGUGGUACAAUUGGUACGGGUCUCUUCAUCGGUAGCGGCACAGCUCUUGCGACAUCCGGUCCGGUCGGCACCUUAAUUGCGUUCAUCUUUGUCGGCACAAUUGUAUACUCGGUCAUGGUGUCUCUGGGCGAGAUGGCCAGUUACAUCCCGGUCCCUGGUUCUUUCACCGUCUACGCCUCCCGCUUCGUCGACCCGUCGCUCGGGUUUGCAAUGGGUUGGAUAUACUGGUUCAGCUGGGCGAUGACCUUCGCAGUAGAGUUGACGGCUGCGGGAAUUCUCAUUCAGUAUUGGAACUCGAGCCUCAACAUUGGGAUUUUCAUUGCCAUCUUCUGGGUUGUCUUCUCGGGAGUCAACCUUCUCCCUGUCAGAUGGUUUGGCGAGCUAGAAAUGUACUUGUCCAGCAUCAAGGUUGUCACUAUCGUUGGGUUCAUCAUCUUCGCCAUCUGCAUCAAUGCCGGUGUUGGAGAGCAGGGUUACAUCGGGUUCAAGUACUGGGUAAACCCUGGACCUUUCGCAGAAUCCAUCGUAUCCGGUCCCGUCGGCAAGUUUGUCGGUUUCUGGUCAGUCUUGGUCACAGCCGGUUUCAGUUAUCAGGGUGCCGAGCUCGUGGGUGUCGGAGCGGGUGAGACCGCAGACCCUGCAAAGGCUGUGCCAUCAGCAAUCCGGUGGACGUUUUGGGGUAUCCUCUCGCUCUUUGUCUCGACCAUCUUCUUCAUCGGAUUGCUGGUUCCCUACGACAACGGCGCACUUGUGAGCGGUUCGAGUGAUGCCUCUGGAUCUCCUUUAGUCAUUGCUUGCAACCUCGCUGGUGUCAAGGUUCUCCCUGAUAUCCUUAAUGCCGUGCUCCUGACUGCUGUUCUGUCAGCUGCUCAGUCCAACGUCUAUUCGGGUAGUCGUAUUCUUGUCGCGCUCGCUGAGGAGAAGCACAUUCCCCACUUCAUGACCCGUGUUAACAAGAAUGGUACCCCAUACAUCGCUGUGGCUUUUACUUCGGCGUUUGGCCUUUUGGCAUUCCUCAACCUCUCUUCAACCGGAAGCGAGGCCUUUGACUGGUUCAUGAACAUCACCUCCAUUGCUGGUUUCAUCACGUGGUCGUGCAUCAUCAUCUGCCACCUCCGUUUCAUGGCUGCAGCCAAGUUUCACGGUAUUUCUCGUGACAGCCUGCCUUACAAGGCACCUCUAGAGCCGGUUCUCGCCUGGUAUGGUCUAUUCUUCUGCAUUCUCAUCUUGCUCACGAACGGUUUUACGGUAUUCAUCGACUGGAGCACCAGUGGCUUCUUCACGGCGUACAUUAGUUUAAUUCUGUUUGUGGUUCUCUAUGUUGGACACAAGUUGGUGUUUAGGACAAAGUUUGUCAAAUUGGCCGAUGUCGAUUUGACUCGGGGACGCAUCGACAUGUGAAAUGAGACUGGUGUAUAAGGAACAUCAUGUAUAGAUAGAUAUAUGGCAGUAUGACGAUAAUGAAAUGAUUAAACUCAAA